AUGUUCUCAACCCUAUCCAACCCCCGCCAGGGCGCCCUCCAGCUCCUCAACUUCGCCCUCGUCCUCUCCACGGCCUUCAUGAUGUGGAAAGGCCUCUCGGUCAUCUCCGACUCGCCGUCGCCCAUCGUCGUCGUCCUGUCCGGCAGCAUGGAGCCCGCCUUCCAGCGCGGCGACCUGCUCAUCCUCUGGAACCGCAACUGGCUGGAGCCCGAGACGGGCGUCGGCGAGAUUGUCGUAUAUAAUGUGAAAGGGAAGGAUAUUCCGAUUGUCCAUCGGGUGGUUAGGAAGUUUGGCACGGGAGAACACGCCAAGCUCCUGACCAAGGGCGAUAACAACGACGCAGACGACACGGAGCUCUACGCCCGCGGCCAGGACUACCUCGAGCGUAAGGACAUCAUCGGCAGCGUCGUCGCCUACAUCCCCUUUGUCGGCUACGUGACCAUCAUGCUGAGUGAGCACCCGUGGCUGAAGACGGUCAUGCUAGGGAUCAUGGGCCUGGUGGUGAAGUAUAACGAGCAAAGCCAGACCGACAUAAGAGAGAUUGUGGUCACAGGUCGGAAGAAGCAAGUUUUGCAGUCUAUCCAAGCCCUCUCUCGCUCUCGCUCUCUAUCCGCGCCCGCCUCUGCGUUGGCGGAGAGAGCUAUGAUCGAUCCACUAUCAUUAUGCCUUGCCAAUAUGCCGCAUAUUUCUAAACCCGUACAAAGAUACAUAUAUCCUUCCCGUCUCGAUUCCAGUCCUCACUCUUUAUCUUUCCUCUUUAUCUUUCCAUCUGCUAUCCCGUCUCGUCUCAUCCCGUCUCAUCCAACUUUCAACUCAGCCGCCAUCAGCCUCGUCUCGUCUCACAUCAAGCCAAGUCACGGCCCCACUCUUCACCUCACCUCAUCUCAUCUCUCUUCGCUCCCACCGCUACCGACACCGAAGAGACCGCAGCAUCGACCCCGCUACCCGUCCCCCUCCCCCUCCAAGAAACAUGGCCGCCUCGCAGAAGAGGAUCGCGAAGUAAAAAGAAAAAGGCGCAAAGCUUGGAGAAGGAGAGAGAGUUCUGGGCCAGGGGCGGGAGAUGGAGCUGGAGCUGGAGCUGGAGAUGGAGCUGGAGCUGGAGCUUGGGGACAGAGAGCAAGAGGAAGAGGAAGAGAGCUCGCAGAGGCCAUAGCCAACCCGCCCACUGGCAUCAGGGUCAAUCUGAUCGACGACAAUAAUGUGCAUAAUUGGAAUGUUGUGAUGGAUGGCCCGGAUGGCUCGCCUUAUGCUACCGGAAAAUUCAUUCUCCUCCUCACCCUUCCGCAUGAAUACCCUUUCAAGCCGCCCAAGCUCUCCUUCAAGACGCGCAUCUACCACCCCAACGUCACCUUCGACGAGCACGGCAGCAUGUGUAUCGGUAUCCUGAAGGCCGAAGCCUGGAAGCCCUCGUCCAAGAUCCUGUCCGUGCUGACCGCCACGCAGCAGCUGCUGGUGGAGCCCGUGCCGGACGAUGCCGUCGAGCAGGGUGCCGCCCAGCUGUUCAAGGAGAACCGCGCCGCGUUUGACGCAGAAGCUAAGGCGGCAUGUAUAAAGCGGGCGGGCAUGGGCAUGGACAUUGGGCCUGAUAAAUAUGCUGCAUAG